AUGUCAUCGUCCGAUCAAUCCCGUCGUCCAUUAAAAUCCCUAUCAGAUGUGUACAAAAACGAUCAUGUAGUUGAAUUAAUUGCCCGUUCAUUUUGCUCUGAAACUAUAAAAAACCAUCUGAAAUCAUCAAACGUGCACGAUGCAAGCAUGCACAUUGAUCUCAAAAAGCAACCUGGCAUCACUUUGAAAGUUGUAAAAAGUUGUGGAGUUGCGAAAUUAAAUUUUCCUGAAGACAAAAACGCUGUCAAUAUUUUUGUCAAAACUUGGAUAAGGGGAAAUCAGGUAUUCGAUAUAACUUCUGGAUGUUAGAAUUUCACAGCAAAAGAUUACUUACUUCAUUUCAUGAGUUUUUUGAACAAUCCAGUUAUCAAUGUCUUUUAUGAUAAUAAUGAAAAUGGUUUGGAUAAAGAUAGCGUUCAAAGUUUGCUAGCUGAUACCCACCCUAUUAUAUUUUUCACAUAUGUAAAUUUCAAAACACCUAACAAAAUGCUCCAACAUGCUUUGAACAACACAAAAUGCUUUGAGAUUUGCGGACAAACUCCAGCACAUUCCUCGGCUCAUCCAAUUUUAUCCAAGAACUUUGAUAUGCUUUUUGUUAGAUUUCCAACUAUCGAUCUCAAUAUCUUAUUGAGCAUUAGCAGCCCAAUUAUUGUUGUAAGGAUAUCAAUGUGUUCCUGAAGCUGUGGAUAAUUGGAUGUGCAAAUAUCAAUCUGAAGUUACUAGAGAUAAACUCGAAUAGUGAUACGUUCGAUGAAAAAGCAAUUCGUAAAGGUGUAGAUUAUCUGAAGCAGCCUUGGUCCAUGGAGAGAACUUUCGAGUACAAGUAUCCGACAAGCAGAUAUCUGCAUUCGGAAGAUUUUCGUAGUCUCUACGAUAUUCAAAGAAACGACGGAGUUCGAGCGACGUUUUUAUGUCAAAAUUUGCGUUUUUUGUUUGUGGUGUGGGAUUGAUAUAUUGUUAACAAAUAAAAAUGUAUGAAAUUGUCGAAUCAAGUGUGAGAUGAUUAAAGGAAAUAUUGCCUGUCUGGCUGUGCUGUGCGAAGUAUUGAGUAUUGUUCAAAUUGAUACGACACAGUUGUAGGGAAACUGUGUCCGACAUUUUUCGCGUUUUGCGCGUGAAUCAAUCCUAGGCCACCACACGAUUCCUAGGCCAUAUUUGUUCAACAAAGAUUGUUUUAAUUGUAUUUAUUUCGAACUUUAACUCGUUUUUCUCUUUUAAAAAAAUUUAAGGAAACUGGAGAGAGAAGGAAUUCUAUGUAUAAAAUACUUAUCCGUAGUUAAAUUUUAAAGGUUCUUCGUCGAUUUUUCAGACUAAAAAUGCUGAUUGUUAACGGAUUUUUCCCGUUUUUCUUUUGUUAUAUUCGUUCACUUAAACAUGAAUACUAUAUUUUUAGACAAUUUUUUUAUUAAGGAAACUCUCUCUUUAAAGAAAAAAACAACAUUUUGUUGGAAAAACAUUGAAAACCGUUUCAUAACCUUUACUUUCAGAAAAUACGUUUAAAACUCUUGAAGAUCGUCAGAGUCUAGAGCUACAUUAAUUUUGACAAGAUGUACCAAUUUACAGCCCGCAAGGACCCUACGUUACUCGUACGUUCUAGCAAAAAGUGCCGGCUUUUGUAGUUUUCUAGCCUUAUUUUUGCCUUCACACUUAAGACAUGCUAUAUGUUUUUCUCACAAAAUCUUGGUGAACGGCACCUAUCCAGAAUAUAUAAUAAUAAUAUUAUUGAUUGCCUCGGGAACGCUCAAAUUAUUAGAAAUUAUUAAAGACAAAAACUCUGUCAAUAUUGUUGUCAAUACUUUGAAAGGGGAAAAACAGGUAUUCGAUAUAACUUCUGGAUGCUUGAAUUUUACGGCAAAAGAUUACUUGCUUCAUUUCAUGGAUUAUUUGAACAAUCCAUAUAUCAAAGUUUUCUAUAAUGCCGAAGAAAAUAGUUUGGAUGAAGAAAGCGUUCAAUGUUUGCUAGCUGAUAUCCCGAUUGUAGAAUUCACAUAUAUACAUUUUCAAAGCGCCGAACAAAAUGCUCCGACAUGCUUUGAACAACACAAAAUGCUUUCAGGUUUGGGAAUCUGUCUUUUUUACCAUUAUGAGGGAUACAUUUUUCAGAUUCACGGACAAACACCAUCACAUUCUUCGGCUCAUCCAAUUUUAUCCAAGAACUUUGAUAAGCUCGUUGUUGGGUUUUCAACUAUGGAUCUCAAUAGCUUAUUGAACAUGAGCCCAUUUAUUGAGAUUUCAUGGACCAUAAUCUCAGAAAAAGACACAAACUUGUUCCUGAAACUUUGGUUUAAAGGAUGCGCUAAUAUCAAUCUGAAGUUAUUGGAGAUAUAUUCUUAUCGUAAUCGAAUGCUUGAUGACACUGCUAUUUGCAAGGGAAUCGAGUAUCUGGAGCAGCCAAGUUUUACGAAGAGAAAUUUCCAAUACAAGGAUCCAAGAUGGAAAUUUCCGCGAUCAAAAAAUGUCAAUCGUGGCCGCAAUAUUAAAAGGAACGACGGUGUUCAAGCGACGUUUGUAUGUAAAGAUUGGGGUUUUUUGUUUAUAGUGAAUUGUCGAAAUUGAAUUUGCCGGCAAAUCGGCAAAUUGACGAGUUUGGCAAAAUUGUUUGCAGUCUAUGAAUGUUCCUUCAUAUAUUUUGAAUAGUAAACAAGUUCUUUGAAAUUAUCUAAAGAUAAUGGGGACAAAACGGUCAACUGUGUACCUAAUUAUAAUUUAAAAUCACUCAAUUUUUAAUUUGAAGUUUUUUUAUCAGGCGCCUGAUUUCGGAGUUACAGGCGAAAACGUGAAGAAUUAGGGUUUUUUUUUUAAAUUUGACCAAGCUCACUUCUAUCGACUGUAACUCAGAAACGUGAGGAGGGACAACAAUGUCACAUAAUGAUAAAAUGUAGCUGAUGAUGUGUACAUUAAUGUUGUAAUACAUUACUUUUGUAUAUCUCUCAUGGUUUAAAAGUUAGCACCGCUCAAACAUAAAAAUGUCAAUUUUGCAAGCUUUUUCGGCACUUCCAACAGAUGUAUCGCUACCAAUAAGCUAUGCCUGAGUCUGAAAUUUUUCAGUUUUGUUUAACUAACUGUCUAAUACCUCUACGCAUACAAAGUUUUUGAUUUCACAAAGAAAUGAAAAAAUUCGAAAAAAAAAUUUUUUUUUUCGUCAUCAUAGUUCUGUGUUUUAAAUAAUCUGGAAGUUGACCGAUGUGGCUGAUAUUGUUGGGCUUGUCAUUACUAACAGUCUUCUAUACAACCGCAAAAUAAUAUCCAAGAAAAAACCAAAACUAGAAAAAAACGAAAAACUUAUUGAACGACCUAAUACAAGGCCAGUUUUCAAAAAAAGGCUCACCCGAAUUUGAAAUCAGUGACUUCUACGGAAAUUGUUUCAUUAACAUCGAUCACAAUUUGCUUCUUUUUGAGAUUCAAUGACUCAGCUGCUUGUUUUGCAGAUUCGGAGAUUAGAGCAAAAUUGAUUCUAAAUUAGAAAUCCCAGGCUAACUCCAGUUGAAACACUUACAUAUCACGGGGUGCCAAUAUCCAAAGUGCUUUUCUCAGAGCCUGCGUGGGCAACUGGAGAAUUGGAAAAGUGACAGUAGUAGUAGUCAUUAUGGC